GAGUAUAUAUAUAGCUCAAAUGGAGCUGCUGAAUCCAUAGAUUAUAUGUAGUUUCUUAUGUGCAUGUACUGUAUAUUUUCUUUGUUUUUUGGUCUCUAUCUGACUGAUUCCCUUCAGAGUUUCAAUGAUAUCUGUGUGAUUUUAUUUUUUACAUUUACAAAGGAAAUAGCGUGUUUUGAUCCUGCCUAUCAGUUUAUAUCUUCGUAAUGACCUCAAAUGAAACAGACAUAUACAGUGAGGAUGUGUUUCUCUGCUAUCCACUCCUGCCAGACUCCUGUCCAAGAGCUCAUCGUCUUACUGUCCUUAAAGUGGCAAUGUAUGUUUUCAUGGUGCUGAUGAUCCUCACAACAGUUUUUGGGAAUCUGCUGAUCAUCAUCUCCAUCUCUCACUUCAAACAGCUACAGUCUCCAACUCAUCUGAUCGUUCGCUCUCUGGCUGCCAGUGAUUGUCUGCUGGGCUCUUUGGUCAUGCCGUACAGCAUGGUGCGAUCUGUUGAAGGCUGCUGGUAUCUGGGAGAUGUUGUGUGUAAAGUGCAUUCUAGUUUAGACAUGACCUUCAGCAUUUCUUCUUUGAUACAUCUCAGCUUAAUAUCUGUUGACAGGUACUGGGCCAUUUGUGAUCCUUUAAGGUACAAAAUGAGGGUCACAAACAACACUGUGACUGUAUUUACUACCUUCGCAUGGAUGUUUGCAUUUCUCUAUAGUUUUUCUAUUGUGUUUUCAGGGGUGAACAAAAUUGGCUUGGAGUCGUUUAUCAUGCAGGUUUACUGUGUGGGAAGUUGUGUUCUGUUUUUUAACAAACAGUGGGGUCUUAUUUGCUCACUUCUCACAUUCUUCCUUCCUGGAACGAUCAUGAGCUCUCUGUAUAUGAAAAUCUUCCAUGUUGCAAGAAAACAUGCAAAGGUUAUGUCAGAAAGAGUGACUGUUGCGGCAGCAGGAGGGUUGAAGAGCCAAAGCUCUGCGCAAAGAGAAGGAAAAGCAGCUAAAACUCUGGCCAUUGUCAUGGGUGUUUUUUAUCUCUGCUGGCUGCCUUUUUUUACCGCCACUGCUGUUGAUCCUUUCCUCAAUUUUGUGACUCCUGGUGAUGUUUUUGAUGCUUUGGUUUGGUUUGGAUACUUUAACUCCACCUGUAACCCCUUGAUCUAUGGUUUUUUCUACCCUCGCUUUCAGAAGGCCUUUAAGAUUCUCAUAUCCGCUUAUCUCUGUGGAUUCAAUGACUCAAACACCUUGAUACUUGAAUGAAUAUUGUCAUAUUAACUUUUAUAACUUUAUUUUAAUGCUAGUCCAUCUAUUAAUAAAUAAUUAUAAUUUUGUUUAUUAAAUGUAAACAUGUUAAUGCUAUUGUAAGAAAUUAUUUGAUAUGGCAUGCAUUUUCCUCUCCAGUUUAACCAUCCCAAAUGUUAGACAGUAUUGUCUUAAAAAUGAAUCAGGACAAGACUGAAAUAUUGAUUUUGGGUGAGAAAAACAAAGGGAAGUGUGUUAUUUUGAUUCAGAUACUAAAUCUAAAGUAUGACUGGAUGGGCUAGUCUUCACUCCUCAUGUGCAUCAAUGAGCACUCAUGAUCCAUGACGCUAAAUCACUGGUUGUCCUUCCUUGCACCAAUCUUGAUAGUUACUAACCACCUUGCUGCCUAAUAGGCCUAUGUCUUACCCCUCGACAGGUGCCAUUGUAAUGAUAGGCCUAUAAUCAAAGUUAUUCACUUUACCUGUCAGUGAUUUUAAUGUUGUGGCUGUUUAGAGUAAAUUUUUACAAAUUAUAAAUGUAAAACAGUCUUUGUCUCCAUCUGGUGGA